AUGUAUCGUUCGUUUGUGCCUGGGGUUCUUCGACCGGUGACUGUCCCUAGAUUCUCUCCUGCUUUCCUGCCUCUGCGAUAUCGCAAUAUUAGAUCGAUGGCGACCAACGGCGCAAAUGGAGUUCGUGACUCACGGCCGAUCUUCUUCUUCGAUAUUGACAACUGUGUAACUCUAUUCCAAAGGUUGGAUCACUUACUUCGGGUUAUUGGAGCUCUGACUGACUGGUAUACGCGCUUAGCUUGCAAUAUCCACGAUGAAAUGCAAAAGUUGAUCAAUUUAUUCUUCAUGAAGCAUCUUGAUCUUACAACGGAAGACGCCCACAUGCUGCACCAGAAAUAUUACAAAGAGUAUGGAUUAGCCAUUGAAGGCCUUACCCGCCACCAUAAGAUUGAUCCGCUUGAAUUCAACUACGAAGUUGAUGACGCUUUACCUCUUGAUGCUAUCUUGAAGCCCGAUCCCAAGUUGCGCAAACUGCUCGAAGACCUGGACACAACUAAAGUGAAACCGUGGUUGCUCACGAAUGCCUAUGUAAACCACGCGAAGCGUGUGGUAAAGCUUCUCGGCGUUGAAGACCUGUUCGAAGGUAUUACAUACUGCGACUAUGGACAGCUGCCAUUAGUUUGCAAGCCGAGCCAGGACAUGUACGCUAAGGCGGAGAAGGAAGCCGGCGCCCCUUCAACAGAAAGCUGCUAUUUCGUUGAUGACUCCCACCUGAACUGUGUCCAUUCGACUGCCCGGGGCUGGACUACAGCUCACUUGGUGGAACCCGGGAUUCCCAUACCAUCCAACCCGGCAUCGAAGUACGUGAUCUCCAAUCUCGAAGAGCUACGGUUGGCUAAUGGACGACAUGCGACGGUGCGCUUCAUCGGUACCACCCAUUUUGCGGAAGCAGAAUGGAUAGGCCUCGAGUUGGACGACGCAACCGGAAAGAAUGAUGGUGCAGUGCAAGGAGAGCGAUAUUUUAAUUGCGAGCCUGGGUACGGCAUGUUUGUUCGACCAUCAAUCAUUGGAAAGGUUGUUCAACGACAACCGCUGCGGGAGAGUAAACAAACCACCAAACCGGCUGUCAACGCCGCCGGCACCAAAGCGCCUCAGGCUGCUGGCUUGCGGAAGCAACCUGGACUGCCUCCCACAGCAGUCAGACGACAAAGUACCAGCGCAAACUCAACUCCUACCCCAGCGCCGAGGGGUGCCGCAGCUCGCCCGUCUCUUAGAUCGCCCACCAAAUCUCCGACGAAACAACUAGGCACUGCCCGUCCGUCAAUCGGGACUACCACUGCUCCACGUACAUCUACCGUGGGAUCAACCCGACCCCGAGGAACUACCACAAGCAGAACCUCUAUAGGCUCUGCUGCAGCGCUUAAUGCUCCAAAAACCGCGCGACCAUCAGUAUCCGGGCAAGCCACCCGGACAUCACGACCAAGCUCGCAAACUGCGACACGCGCAACAGGCCCCGCGGCACCAAAGGCUACCACAGCAAGGCAGAUCGGUGCCAACAAGGCAUCCGAUGAAAGGAGCAGCCGUACAGGUGGGCAAUCUGGGAACACAACCGAUCUUGAGUCACCAAACACUGAAGGAGAGGCUGCGCCAAGUGGAGGAGCGGCGCCCAAGACUUCUCGACAGUCGAUGACUGCCACUCGUCAAACAACCACACGCUCUGGAGCCCUGGCAUCUUCGUCUCAACGUCAAGUCUCGAAUGCGGCAGUGAACCGAGAAAUUGAGGAGCUCCAGCUGAAGCUUAAUCAGAUGGAGAAGAAACGAGUGGAGGACAGGGAGAAACUCAAGACCCUCGAGCAAAUACAGACCGAGCGCGACAAGUUUGAAUCGAUCAUUCAGAAGCUGCAAGCCAAAUAUCAACCGCAGCAGAUGGAGGUCACGGAACUUCGCAAAAAGCUCAAAGACACCGAAGCUCGUUUCGAUGAAUUGGACCGGAUUCAGGCCGAGCAUGAAUCGCUCAUGGAAAUGGCUGCUCUUGACCGCGAGAUGGCGGAGGAGACAGCUGAGGCCUUCAAGCAUGAGUGUGAAGCUAUUCGAUCAAAGAUGGAAGAACUGAAUCUGGAGGUGGAGGUUCUUCGAGAGGAGAACGAAGAAUUCAGUCAGGUUACAAGCCCGGAAGAGAGAUCUAGCCAUGGAUGGCUCCAGAUGGAGAAAACCAAUGAACGUCUUCGCGAAGCUCUUAUUCGUUUGCGAGAUAUGACUCAACAGCAGGAAUCAGAUCUCAAGGCCCAGAUCAAAGAGUUGGAAGAGGACCUCGAGGAAUUCUCCGCUGUAAAAUCUGAUUAUGAGGCCGCCAAAGAGAAGCUCUUGAUACUAGAGACCAAUGUGGAGGAUCUCAAGCAGCAGCUGGAGACUGCGCUCGGCGCCGAAGAAAUGAUCGAAGAGCUGGCAGACAAGAACAUGCGCUACCAGGAAGAGAUCAAUGAGCUUAAAGCUGCCAUUGAGGACUUGGAAUCUCUCAAGGAGAUCAGCGACGAGAUGGAGUACACCCAUAUCGAAACCGAGAAACAACUUCAGGAGGAGAUCGACUACCGGGAAGGCGUGUUCGGUGACCAAUGUCGAAAGAUUAACCAACAGGACGAGGUCAUUGAAGAUCUUGAAUACACACUGUCUCGCUUCAGAGAAUUGGUGACGAACCUACAGACUGAUUUGGAAGACAUGCGGGCAAACCAACAGAUCUCCGAGGCGGAGGCCACCGAUCUCACCACGCGGUCUCGGGCGAUGAUGGAUCUAAACAUGAAGCUGCAAGCUUCUGCAUCGAAGGCUCAGACCAAAUCUAUCGACAUGGAAUUGAGCCGAAUGGAGUCGGAGGAAGCUGCACAGCACCUUGCGAUGGUCAAGCUCUAUCUGCCAGAAUAUUUCGACGGCGAGAGAAACUCUGUACAGGCUUUACUCCGAUUUAAGCGUGUCGGAUUCAAGGCCACUGUUAUCAGCAGCACGCUUCGCGACCGGGGCUCAGAGAAUGCAGCACUCUUGGGGCAGGAAGAAGUUUUCAAGGCUCAUGAGGUGCUGGAACAUCUGAUGUGGAUCUCAAAUGUGUGUGAUCGGUUUGUGAACUUCAUCACAACCUGUUCCCCCGAACAAUUCGGAAACAUCAAGAUUGCAAUGUUUGAAAUGGAGCCAGUCGAGCGCACUUUGAAUUUCUGGAUCGAGAACGCGAAGAAGAAUGAAGUGAAUCUUCCAAAGCUCGCCACGGAAUUACAGCGAUCUAUCGCUCUUAUUGCGCACUUGGCCGAAACCCUUCUUCCUUCCAGCCUCGAGAUCUUUGCCGAUGAAUUGUGUAUGCGUGCCCACUUGUCCCAGUCAUACCUUGAUCAUGCUGGCACUGCAAUUGCGCGCCUCAAGCUGAUCAUCAAGGCCAAAAUGGUUACCUCGGAAGAGGGCAGCGAGGAAGAAUCGUUUGCUCUUAACAAACUCGACUCCUUUGUUUCUCAGGCUCGCGGGUGCAAGGUUGCAAUGAGCAAGAUCUGCCGGUCUCUCGACGAUCUACAAUCCAGGUCCCUGGCCCUUCCGAAGGAGGCUGAUGAGCCCUUCAAAAAUGCCGAGACCAGCUCCAAGCAACUUUCAGAAUUCGCUCGGGCACUCGGUGAGAACAUUGCAACCCUUACCAGCGAUGAAUCUCGUACAAAGGCUUUCAGCUUGGAGGAAAUACUGGAUUGUUUGUCGCAGGCUUCUGCAUCAUUUGCCCCAUCUUCCGAAACCCCCGAAGAGAGCAACGACCCUGUUUCGUUGCUGCUCAGUAAACUGCGUGAGCUGAGCGGUCAAUUCGAGGAGUUGGAUCAUCUCUCGUCGGACUUGUCUCGCACAACCGAAUUCGAGAGAGGCGCCAAUCCUUGGAUUGCUCGUGCAGAGGAGCUGAAGUCCAACAAAACGAUCUCUCCGGAUGCUGAUGAAGAGAUUCGUCGAUUGAAGAAUGAAAUCCACGAGGCAUCUGCUGCACUUGGCGUGAAAGACACCACGCUUGAGGAACGAGGCCUAAAGAUCGAGCACCUCGAAUCCAGGAUGCGCGAAGCAAGCAAGAAGGCAGCCCUGGUCAAAGACCUGGAGGCUCAAAUCGAGCAAAUCCAGGAAGCAGAAAGGGAACUAGAGGAGACCGUCGAAAGGCAGAAGAAAGAGCUUCAGGCCGCCGAAACCGAGCGAGACGAGUAUAUGACCCGUCUUGAACGCAUGAAGCGCAUGUCCGGCACAGCUGGUGUGAAGACUACCGGCGAUGGCGUCGUAAUCGACAGUGAGGCUUCCCUAGCAGCAAUGCAAGAAAACGAGUCCCUGCGCGCGGAAGUAGAAAGCCUCCAAGCAGCCGUUCGUUUCCUGCGCGAAGAGAACCGCCGCUCAAACAUCCUCGACCCAUACUCCGUCCAGCGCUCAACAGAAAUGCACUCCUGGCUCGAUAUGCCCCUCACGCGCGCCAGCCCAACACUGGAACAAGAAAAAAUCCAACGCACCGCCCUCGAAAGCAGAGAUGUCAUGUCACACCUCCUCAAGCUGACGAAGGAGUCGCACGUCCCAGAUCUCAAAUCCACAAUGGGUCGCCCUGCCAGCGGCGACGACAACACUGCCAACCGUACCACAUGGCGUCCAUCCAAGACUCGUCUCCGAUACCAGGUUCUCCAGCAACGCGAGAACUUCGAGCACUGGGCCGAAUGGCGUGACGAGAUUGUCAACCACGAGCGUGAGCAGGACCGUUUAGCAGCCGCUAAGCAGGAACGUGCACUCCGUGAUCGAGUUUCUAGACAUGCCCAUAAGGGUUCUGUUGAAUUUCCUCAGGGCCUGGGUCAUGGUAUGAUGGGUCGAGCAUGGCAGAUACUAGGGAUGCAGAAGCACCGCAAGAAUGCAUCUAUCAGUGCUCCUGCGCCGGACGGUGUGGAGAUCGUAUCUACCGAUUGA